UAACGUUAAAUUUUUUUCGUUAUUGAAAUUGUUACAAAACAGAGAGAGGCGGGAUUUCGACUCACUUUGGUCUUCCUGAUUUGGGAAACAUCGUUUUUUCAAAGACUGGCCUGCUACGCAGCGCGAAAGAAGAGGGUUUGAGGAAGAUAAAUCCUAGCCGGCGAAUAGUUGCAGUGGUGACAUAGCUCAGAAAGCAUGCAGUCCUCCGACAUUCCUCCGAAUAUGACCAUUUACAUCAAUAAUCUCAACGAGAAAGUAAAGUUAGAAGUUCUCAAACAAUCACUUAAGGCGGUAUUUUCUCAGUUUGGGAAGAUUGUAGAUGUUGUUGCUUUCAAGACCUUGAAGCAUCGGGGCCAGGCAUGGGUUGUUUUUGACGAAGUCUCAGCUGCUACCAAUGCACUUCAGAAAAUGCAAGGAUUUCCCUUCUAUAGUAAACCAAUGAGGAUACAAUAUGCAAAAACAAAGUCAGAUGCUAUUGCAAAGGCUGACGGCACCUUUGUUCCAAGGGAAAAACGAAAACGACAAGAUGAGAGAGCUGAAAGGAGGCGGAAGGACCAACACCAUGAAGCUCAACAAGUUGGAGCAAUUCCUAAUGCAGCAUAUCCAUCUGCUUAUGGUGCACCACCAGUAGGUUCUCAAUUGCCAUUCCAAGCAUCAAAACCUAGUCUUCCAGAGGCACCUGCUCCACCAAAUAGCAUAUUGUUCAUUCAGAAUCUUCCACAUGAGACAACUCCUAUGAUGCUACAGAUGCUCUUCUGCCAAUACGUUGGUUUCAAGGAAGUUCGUAUGAUUGAAGCAAAGCCUGGCAUUGCUUUUGUGGAAUAUGGGGAUGAAAUGCAAGCAACUGUAGCCAUGCAAGGUCUUCAAGGGUUCAAAGUCAAUCCUCAAAAUCCCAUGGUUAUUGUUUAUGCAAAGAAAUAAGUAUUUGAUGGGCUUUACUUCGUUCCAGAUAGUGCUAGUGUAGUCUCUUGCUUUGUUUCAUUUCUUGUAUCAUUUUGUCUGUAGUAUUUCUUGGUGUAAAGUUAAAGACAAAUUUCAAACAUUCUAGCGAUAGCAGAAGCAGAGAUCUAUGGAAUGGAAAGCAUAUAUCUGGUGACCAAUCUAAAUAUCUUAGAUUAAGUAAGACAUUAGUUUAUGAUUCAUAAAAUUUUGUGGUCCUCAAACACAUGAUGUAAUUGAAUCUUUCAAAAUGGGACUUUUCUUCCCAGUAAUUAUGAUGAGCCACUGUGGACAGUUUCCAACAAUUUAAUUUUUUUUCUUCUUUUAA